UCGGAGAAGAGAAAGCAGUGAUUUAGAGAGUGAAGAUGACACUGAUAUUCAGAAUCUCGAUUUUGCUCCUAAAGUGAGAACUCUCAGGCAGAGGAUGACUGAACAUAUGGUGUCUGAGGAUGAUGAAUCAACUGAAGAUGAAACCCAAAUGAAGUGGGAAGAGCAGCAGAUAAAGAAAGCUGUCAAACUCUCUCAGGACAUCUGUGAUGAUGCUUCUCUGCAUAAGUCUCCCCCAGCAAAACCAAAGUUUGAUCUCUCUGUUUCUCUGCCACCUGUGAACUUGGAAAUUGUCAAGAAGCGACUGACUGAAAGGAUAACAUCAUUGCAGGAUGUGCACCGUGCCCACCAGAGGGAGUAUGAAAAAUACAUGGAGGACAUUGAGAGUUCAAAGAUGUCUGUCCAGGAGUUAGAAAAGUCUUCAGAUGUGUCUAUGAAUUACAAAUUCUACCGGGCCAUGAAAACAUAUGUAGAAAACUUGAUAAACUGUUUGAAUGAAAAGGUGACGUACAUUAAUGAGCUAGAGUUAGCUAUACACGUACUUCUUCAGCAACGAGCAAAGACGCUACUGAAACGGAGACAAGAUGAGCUGAGAAAUGAAUCUGCUUAUAUUCAGCACCUGUCAAGUAGUAAUGACAAACCAACUAAUGGUGGAUUGGAAGAGGAUGAAAAGACACAGCUUUUGAAAAUGUGUGAACAUCGAAGGACUUGCAGACGGCAAGCAAGAGGGUGUUUGAGAGAAGUUGAUCACCAUGAAGGCAUGUCUAGCGAUGAUGAGCUGCCUCCAACAGAGAUGACUGAGUUCCAGAAAAACAAAGAUAAUAUAUUAGAGGAUAGUAGGAAAAUCUUUGAAGAUGUUCAUGCAGAUUUUUGUGACAUCAGAAAAAUCCUGUUGAAAUUCCAGGAGUGGAAAGAGAAGUUUCCUGAUUCUUACUGUGAUGCCUACAUCAGUUUAUGCCUGCCAAAGCUUUUAAAUCCGCUGAUCAGAGUUCAUUUAAUAAAUUGGAAUCCUCUGGAGAAUUUCACAGAGCUGGAAGAGAUGCCCUGGUUCAGAGCUAUAGAAGAAUUUGAUGAUGCCAAAAAUAUGUCCGGGUUGAAAGAGGAUGAUGAUCCUGAUAAAACGGUCUUGCCUAGAGUGAUUGAAAAAACGAUUCUUCCAAAAAUUACAGGCUUUAUAAAGAAUGUGUGGGAUCCUUUAUCUACUUCACAGACGAAGAACCUUGUACAGCUUUGCAAGAGCAUCUUUGAAAAGCAAAUUCCCUCCAAAAAUGAACACAGUCGAGCAAAAGAGGAUUUGAUAAGUGAAGUUGUCCUAAGAAUGAAGAAGUCUAUAGAGGAAGAUGUCUUUAUUCCUCUGUAUCCUAAAAGCGCUGUGGAAGACAAGUUGUCACCAUGUUCAAAAUUCCAAGAAAGACGGUUUUGGUCAGCUGUUAAGCUGCUCUCCAAUAUUCUUCUUUGGGAUGGAAUUGUACAAGAAGAUACAGUCUGUGAUUUAGGACUGAGCAAGUUGCUGAAUCGGUAUCUUCUUCUGAACCUCUUAAACACACCACCGGGGCUGGAUAACUUAGAAAAGUGUAAUAAGGUGGUUGCAUGCCUCCCAGAAAGAUGGUUCCAGCAUCUUAGAAGUGGAACAACUCUCCCCCAGUUGGUGAACUUCAGCCAGCAUUUGUUGCAGUGUGCCCACACACUGCACAAGAAUAACCACAGGGAUGAAACAAAAGAUGUUAUUCUUCUGCUGGUGAAAGUCAAUGCUCUGCGUAUUGUCGAAGACUUUAUUGAACAGUACAAACUUGAGCACCUUAAAUCCAUAAUUGAAAAAUAGAAUUUUUUGAAACAGCAUUUAUAUUACUGAAACAAGCCUGAUAUUCAUACUACAAUAGUUUAAUAUUAAAUUUAUUGA